AUUGUGCAGCUGGUUCAUUCAGCGCUGUCAGCUCGUCUGAAUGACGGUGCCGCUGCUCCGUUAAAUUACCAUUCAUUCAGCGACUAUGUAGCACUUUACAGUCAAAUUCUCGUGUAAAUAUAUAUUUAUAGGCAUGUUAAACAUUUAAGCGCUCAUACAUUCUGACAUAUAAGAGCAAAACGGGUCACUCUCAAGGCCACGGAUGGAACCGGGGCGGCAGCGUGAGAACCCCCCCGGAUCCGGGGAGCCCGAGUCAGGGGAGUGGAGAGAGGAGACCACCGGGGUGGAUUCUGGAGAGAGGGACGCGACCCUGAAAAACAGAAGCGGGGAUGGAGGGAACGAGGAAAUAAAGAGCAAAACCGAGAAUAAUGAGAUGGUGGAGAAAGAUAAGACAGAGUAUGAUGAGGAAGAGGAGCAAUAUGAGGAAGAAUUGGACCCCAGGAUUCAGGAGGAGCUGGAACACUUGAAUCAGGCCAGUGAUGACAUCAACAGACUGGAACUACAGCUGGAUGAGGCGAGAUCCAGCUACAGGAGGAUUCUUACAGACUCUGCGCGCAAACUCAACGCUCAGGGCUCUCAACUGGGGGCCUGCAUCGAGAAAGCCAGGCCUUACUAUGAAGCACGAAGACUUGCUAAAGAGGCUCAACAGGAGACCCAGAAGGCAGCGCUGAGGUACGAGAGAGCUGUCUCCAUGCACACGGCUGCAAGAGAAAUGGUUUAUGUUGCUGAGCAAGGUUUAUUGGCUGACAGGAAUACGUUGGAUCCUACCUGGCAGGAAAUGCUAAACCAUGCCACAGCCAAGGUGAAUGAGGCAGAGGAGGAACGUUUGAGAAGUGAGAGAGAGCAUCAGCGUGUUACUCAGCUCUGUCAGGAAGCAGAAGCUCGCGUUCAGACCCUGCAGAAAGCUCUCAAGAGGGUCAUUAUCAAGUCCAAGCCAUACUUUGAGCUCAAGGCUCAGUUCAACCACAUCUUAGAGGAGCACAAGUCCAAAGUCGUCCACUUGGAGGAACGCGUGGCAAAAGUGAAGACCCGAUAUUCUGUUGCCCUGCGCAACCUUGAGCAAAUCAGCGAGCAGAUCCAUGCACAAAGGGAGCGUGUCCGUGCUACCAGAGAACGCAACAGAACCCGUGGUGGGCGGAGCUCUCCGGUGGGGGCGGAAUCUGAAGGGCUAAUCCAGGCUGGGGCGUAUGGGGGGGUGGUGGCCAAUCCUUUAAUGGAUAAUGACUGGGCAGAUCAGGAGAAGACCAGGCAGUGGGUUGAAAAACACAGAGAGGCAGGGUGGGGCCAGAGAGAGAGGGCAGAGAAGGCGGGGUCAGACUCCAUGUCAGUCAUCAGCCUGCAAACCAUCGCAUCCGACCUGGAGAAGUUCGACUCGGUGGAGCACCUGGGUGACCUGAGUGACGUUGGAAGUAUAAUAGGAGAAGAUAAAGAGGUAGAGAGUGAAAGAGGAUUUAAGGCUGAAGACAGAAUAGUAGCAAGAGAAGUGGUAAACCUCACGAGACAGGAUAGAGGGGAUGCAGAGAAGGGCGCCACAGGGACUGACAGACAGCAAAGAGACAAAGAAAGGGAGAGUUUUGUGAAGCAACACCAUAGAAGUGUUAGUUUGUGAUAAAACAAGGUGAAAGUGGAGUUGCCUGUUACCCCACCCCAAACCUGGAGGGCUAAACUUGGCCUGAAGGCUUCCAGGAGAAUGUCUCAACUGACUUCAAAUCAUAAAUAAGAUCUUAAACACUCUGUAGAACUGUUAUUUAAAAAAGAAGUGUGUAAUUUCUGCGCCACUGCGUUACCAAAUGGAAUAGAGCGCAACAGUGCCCAUCCAGUUUUUCAGCCGUCUUGGUUCCAGAAGUAUUUCUGCCAUUCAUUUUCUCCAUAGGGAUUUCAGAAAAUUCUUCGUUAAAGAGUUCUAUGUCAUGAACCAAACCGAUCACAACCUUAAAACUUUGAUUUGAAGCAAAAAGAAUUUGAAAAUCAGUACGAGAUGGUGUACUUAACAUCUUUCAUGAGGGAAUAAACUACAGUCCCAUGAAGCAUUGCGAAUUACAUAAUCUGAUUAAAAACAAUAACAAUAUUAAUUUAAAGUUAUUGAUAAUAAAUAUAGAAACAAUGGAUUUUAUUGCAAAUAUUUCUAAAUAUACAAGUAUAUAAGUAGUUUAUGAUGACGUUAUUCACGGAGGUGGUUGGACGCUGUAGACCUGUUUUGCUGUGAUUUGUUUGCUGUGAUUCUCUGAUUGGUGGAUCUAUCUUUAGGAUUAUGGGUAGUGUAGUUGUAGUUCUUCAGCAGGAAUUCCGCUAUUUAACAAAACAUUUUUUUAAAUAAGUUGAAGUUAUGCAGACUGUUUACUUCGAUAGAAGCAUAUACCAUCGGUCAACAACCUUGGAGCUCACAUUAGUUGGUCUUCAAAGGUGUAUUCUGGGAAAUCUAUUCCAUUACAGUUUGUAGUUGCACACACCACGAGCAAAGCUGUCGAAACUUGUGAGAAACGUCUGAAGAGAUGGAGCCAUGGAGGAAAAAAUAAAGAAAAUGAGGAAAGCAGGUUUGCUGUGGAAGAGUUCCCUGGUCUAUCUGGACUGAACCAAACAGCUGAAGUAGACCUAUCUUGUUUCAAGCCAAUUAUUUUUUGCUGCACUUUAUAAAGUGGGCAGGCAGCUUGAUGAAGGAGCCUAUGGACAUGUUCAUGAAGGCCAGUGGAAGUCCUACAGGCAAAAAGUUGCCAAACAAAUAAAUUAAAAUCUAGGACACUGCAUGACAUUGAUAGACAAAUAUGUGCCUGGCUAUCCCAAAACACUUGUUCUGGAUGUGGGUUUACUUAUACUUAUGCAGGUAUGCAUAUGAAUGGUUUGUAGAGCCAGAACAGUACAUCAUUAUUCCAGAGAAUCCUGCACCACGUGAGACCUUGAUGACCCUCUUAAAAACCACAGUGGUCAACUCUUUGAGGGAACUGCAUGCAAGCUGAUGCUCCAGGCAGUACAAGAAGCCAAAUAAUACUGUCUGGAGCAUGCCAUCCACCAUGGGAACAUCCAUUCCUUGGUAAUUCUGAUCAUAACAGACACCUUAAAGCUCAAGGUAAUAGACUUGGCCAAAGGUGGUCUUAUUGAUAUUUCUGGCCAUGAAAUGACAAAGAGUGAACCAGAAUGAAAUAUCACCCUAUAGGCUAUAGGCCUGUGCAGCAGGCCAUUAUGUCAACAAUUAAAGAGCUGGGAUUUAUGUUGUCUUACAUGGUGCAAGGACGUCCAACCCAGGCCACCAUAUCACAAGAAUUGUCAGAUUCUUUAACUUGUUUGUGAUUUCUACUUCAGUGGCCCCUUAACGUUUCGUCUUUCACUGCGCGGCACAACACAUAACAAAAUGCAGGUGUUCCGGGACAUGCUUUUAAAAGUCGAUGUUAUUUAUUUACUUAGACGGUGUGCUGAAAAACAUUUGUGGAUCUGGCGCAACAGUCAAAGACAUCCAUUUAGCGCAAGUUUACAUGGACAAAAAAUGAUUAAGAGGGCAGAAAGACAAAACAACUUAUUCCGUGUGAACGGCUCUUUACAUGUGGAAAGAAAUCAAUUUGAAAAUGAAUGGGAUUUUAACUUCUGGAACAUAACUGUUGCGCUCUGUUGCAAAGAUUUCCAAACAGGUUUCCUCAAUACUCCCCCCAUCUGCCAUUGUUCAAACCGACCCAAACCCAUGCCAUUGUUUGAGACAAUGUUGCUGUGUCAAGCUUGGCAGGAUGUUUUAAUGUCACAGUGCUUACACUUUCAGAAAAUUAAUUUGUUUCUGAAAAUUGAGAUAGGAAAAAAGUAUUCAAUGAACCAGUGAAUUGCCAUUCAAAUUGAUUAGACAAAAUGAGUGAGUGCAAGAUAAGUCAUCAGCAUUUUUGGUUAAUUUUCCUGGCAAAUGUGCUAAAAGUUAAUCUUGUCAACAUUUAGGGGCCUACAAAGAACUUCAAAGCUAACAGACAUGAACUAAAAGACAAAAAAACGUAGAUUUUUGAAAUUACACACAUCUCUUUUAACGCCAUAGUCACGAACAGACCUUCCUUCCGCGCAGUUCAAAUGAGAGAAGAAGCUCCUCCAGGGGUUGUGGAUGGCAAUACGAUUCAGGAACGAUUAUAAUAAAUCUUUUUUUUUUUUUUUAUUUGAAGGGGAAAGAAUAGUAUUAAUACAUUCACACUGAUUGACAUGGCAUUACUGUAACACUGCACUACAGCAUAUGGGGAUCAGAUGCUCUUAGGCUAAUUAAUGAAUAGCAGUGAGGCAAUACAAACAGGAAGGGGGGGCGUGGGGGUGGUAUUCAGAGUCUUCUGGGACUUGUAGUUCUUACGCUCUGAUACUGUCUUUUCUCUUUUACUGUUUCACUAUCAGCUCUAUCAAGAGAGAACAGAAAGAAAAAAGAUUUUACAAUACAAAUAGAGCAGGAAGAAAAAGAAAAACUUGUGAAAACCGAUUGAACAUUGAAGAUAAAACUUAGAGCUGAUUGUAACAACAGUAUCAGGUGCAUUGGCCAUUUCCUCUGUGCUGUACUGCAUGUGAAUUCGGGGGUAUCAUUGUCUCCCUCUGUACAAGUGUAUCUAACUGACAUUCUUUACUCAUAGAAUUAAUUCCAUUGUAUUUGUUCUGAUCUCCAGAUCUCUUUCAGCAAGUAUAGGUAUCUGGAACAUUUUGGUCUGGCUGUAGAUUGGUUCUGUAUCUCUCUGCUUAUUUUGUGCAGCAUAUACUGUAUGAAAUCACAUUUAAACAUGAAAUCAAAAUGGACCCCAUUUACUUUCUUAAUGCACGUUCAUGGUCUAGUUGUGAAUGUUUCAUCAGUGCAUGUUGUUCAAAAGCCACCUGGUUCAUUUCUGGUAUGUAACGGCCACUUUUCACAAUCCAACCAAUUCCCGUUGGAUAAAAUCAAGUGCUGUUGUACUUUUAUUCCUAAAGAAUAUCCUGUUUCACAUUACAAAAAUAUAAGGGGUUUCAAAGGCCAUUUUAUGUUGGCUUUAAUGUCAUUCAUUUGUGACAUUUAUGAAAUUCUUAAGAUGCAGAGUGCUUUUAUUUAUUAUUAUUUUUUGAGAGAGAAACAAGAUGAUUUUAGAUCAGUCCGGGGUAUGUUUUCAUGAGGGUCUUGUCCUUUAACUGAGAAGUGGUUUACAUGUGUACACGUGUGUAAAUCUAGCUGGAUUUUUAAAAGAACAGUUGAGUAAAAAAAGAAAAAAAACAUGCUGAUUGAUGCUCAAAAACCUGGUUUUGCAGAUGUACAUUUUGAAAUUAUGUGUAAUGCUAGCUGUAUGAACAAACCGUGCUGCGGACAGUACAGGAUUGUUUGCAAGUUUACAUUCUACUCUUUUCUUUUUUGUUUUCAUUUUGGAUCUAAAUGUUGUAGCUUUUUUUGUCCACAAACCUUGUAAAUGUAUUCUUCCCCCAGUAUACCCUGUACAGUUCCUUCACCUCAGUAAAUAGAAGAAGCUCUAUAGAGAAAAUUCAGUAUGCUGCUGUCUACUCUCCAUCCUAUAGGUCACAUGAACUCGAUGUAUAUACAAGCUGAUGUAUGAUGAAUACAAAUAAUCCUUACGUGACUGAUAACUUAUUCUGUAAAUGUUAAUUUAUUGCACAGUUAGAGAUAUUAAAACUUGAAUUUAACAACUACACUUUUCAAUGUUUCACUUUCUGUUUUGGGUGUCAUUAUUUAGAGCAUUAG